AUGAGUAACCGACCAAAGAGAACACUUCGUACUAUGGUUCCAACUGCAACCAAUGAACCUGAAAAUGUUGAAGAUAUUGGUUAGUUUUUUUUUUUGAAAUUUGUUGAAUAAUUCAAAAAUUGUUUGGUUUUUUCAGUCACAAACUGUGUUGAAAGGAUGAUAACUGGUUUGGAAGCAACAGAAUUUUAUAACCGGACCGUGAGAGAAAUUUAUUUGGCACAGCGAAAAAGUAAGUUUUGAAAUCAAAUUUGAACGUUUUGAAAAAUGUAAAUUUUCAGAGAUUGAUAAAACAGUUGCUCAAGUUUUGGCCGAAUCCGAUUGGUUUGCAAAUGCUCAACAAUCACGAAUGGCUCAUCCAAUCUUGUCCUUGGUGAGUUUUUUUUUUGUUGAAAAAUACAUUAACAUAAGCAAAAUUGAAACAUCGUGUAAGACAAAAAUAUUUGCAGAGCAAACGAGCCGCGAUGGCAAAAGAAGAUGUGGAAGAUGAAGAACACGGAGAAGAAACCGAUGAUGAUGGAACGCCAGAAGUUGCUGAAAAAAAACAAAAAAGAGAUAUCAAAGAAGAAAUCAAAUCAAGACCAUCUUCAUCAUCGACACCCAAAAAAGGUGCAACUCCGAAGAAAGAAAAAAUGGCUCAGAUAAAAGAAGAAAUAAAAGAAGAAGUGGUAGAAGAUGUUCAAACAACAGAAAAAACUGAUCCAAUAAAAGAAAAAGGAGAUGAUCAAAUCAAAAAGGCAGAUGUGCCUAUCACACUUGCAGAAGAGUGUGCUCCAAUCAAGGAAGAGUGUUGCCCAAUAAGAAAAGAAGUAAAAGAAGAAGUAAUAAUUGAGGAUGACAGUAGUCGUGUUCAGAAAGAAGAUGGACUUGGAAACAAAGAAACUGAAACAAAAUCAGUGUCAAAUCCACCUGUUAUAAAUGAACCAUCUUCGCCAGCUCCUGAUAAUGAACUUGGGACAAUUCCAGAGCUGCAUAGAGAAAUCAAAUUGGAAGAAAUGGAAGGUGAAGAAAAUAAAACCGGUAAGUGCAUAUAUUGAUUGACUUACACAUAUAUUUGAAAAAUAUGUUUUUUUUUCAGAAAACAUCGAAUAA